AUGGAGCAGGCCGGCCAACCGGGCCGGGGGGCAGCGGGUCCUGAGGAGAGACUGGAGGUCGCGGGUCCCAAGGAGAGACCGGAGGCAACGGAUCCCGAGGAGGGAUGGGAGGCUGCGGGUCCGGAGGAGGUGCGGGAGGCGGCAGAGCAGGGACCUGGGGACGGCUUGAGCGGAGAGGAGGGGGCCCGCGUGGAGCCAGCCGGGCCAGGGGGCGGGGAGAUGGCGGUCUCCGAGGGUGGGGCGCCGGCCGGUCUUGCGGUCUGGAGGCGGGGAAAGAGGCGUGGAAACAGGGACGGAGCGAAGGGGAAAGGAAAGCUGCCGGAGGGCAGGAGUGAAAAGGACCCUGGCGAGCACCGGGAGGAGUGGCGGCUGCGGGAUCAGCUGCCGAGCAGGCACAGGGACAGGUGCCUGGAGAAGUGCUGGGAGAGCGCCCAGGAGCGCUACCGGGUGAGGGUGGGGAAGCGCAGGGCCAAGCGCGCGAAGCAGGUUGUCGGGGACCGGGUGGAGUGGAAGUACCCGCUGGAGAGGAAGGCCGGAGGAGGAGGAGGGGAGGAGGCGGCCUGCAGAAGGAAGAGCAGCCCCUUAGAAGUCCAGCAGCAGCAACUCCGGCGGCCCAGAGUCAGAUUCAGCACCUGCCUCAGAUCUCCACGCCUGUCUCAGCUGCGCCUCUCCUGCUGCCUCUCGGGCACUAGUGUCAUUAACGAGCUGGUGAAGAUGGGCGACGCGGAUCUCCUCGAAGUGUUGGCGGAGGAAGGGGAAAAAGUCAAUAAACUAGACUACUCUUUCCAAAUGAGUGAGCAGAGCCUGAGCAGCAGAGAGACCAGCUUUCUCAUCAAUGAAGAAACAAUGUUUCAAAAAAAUCAGCAAAGCAAAGAUUCUAUCUUCUUCCGAGACGGCAUUAGGCAAAUUGAUUUUGUGCUUUCCUAUGUUGAUGACAUAAAGAAAGAUGCAGAGUUAAAGGCGGAAAGAAGAAAAGAGUUUGAAAAAAAUCUCAGAAAAACAGGUCUUGAGUUGGAAAUAGAAGACAAAAGGGACUCUGAAGAUGGAAGAACUUAUUUUGUCAAGAUCCAUGCCCCUUGGGAGGUAUUAGUUACCUAUGCUGAAGUCUUGGGAAUCAAAAUGCCUAUUAAGGAGAGUGAUAUUCCCCGCCCUAAGCACACUCCUAUAAGCUAUGUGCUUGGACCUGUAAGACUCCCGCUGAGUGUGAAGUAUCCCCGUCCUGAAUAUUUUACUGCACAAUUCAGCAGACAUCGGCAGGAGCUCUUCCUUAUCGAAGAUCAGGCAACCUUCUUUCCAUCCUCAUCAAGAAACAGAAUUGUGUACUAUAUUCUUUCAAGAUGUCCUUUCGGCAUAGAAGAUGGGAAGAAAAGGUUUGGGAUUGAAAGACUGCUAAACUCUAAUACUUAUUCAUCUGCCUAUCCACUCCAUGAUGGCCAAUAUUGGAAGCCAUCAGAACCUCCCAAUCCUACCAAUGAAAGAUACACACUUCACCAGAAUUGGGCUCGAUUUUCCUAUUUCUACAAGGAGCAGCCUUUAGACUUGAUUAAGAAUUAUUAUGGAGAAAAAAUUGGUAUCUAUUUUGUCUUUCUUGGAUUUUACACAGAAAUGCUAUUCUUUGCAGCUGUAGUUGGCUUAGCUUGUUUUAUUUAUGGUUUAUUAUCAAUGGAACAUAACACAAGCAGCACUGAAAUCUGUGACCCUGAGAUUGGUGGUCAGAUGAUCAUGUGCCCACUCUGCGAUCAAGUGUGUGAUUAUUGGAGACUAAAUAGUACGUGUUUGGCUUCAAAGUUCUCCCAUUUGUUUGAUAAUGAGUCAACAGUGUUCUUUGCAAUAUUCAUGGGAAUUUGGGUCACCUUAUUUUUGGAGUUUUGGAAACAACGUCAAGCCAGACUGGAAUAUGAGUGGGACCUGGUGGACUUUGAAGAGGAACAGCAGCAGCUUCAGCUGAGACCAGAAUUUGAAGCUAUGUGUAAACACAGGAAAUUGAAUGCAGUGACUAAGGAGAUGGAACCUUACAUGCCUCUAUACACACGUAUUCCAUGGUACUGUCUUUCAGGAGCCACGGUGACAUUAUGGAUGUCUCUUGUCGUCACCAGUAUGGUAGCUGUAAUUGUGUACCGCCUGUCAGUCUUUGCUACAUUUGCUAGUUUCAUGGAAAGUGAUGCAUCCUUAAAGCAGGUCAAAAGCUUCCUUACUCCUCAGAUAACCACAUCACUCACAGGAUCAUGCUUGAACUUUAUUGUCAUCUUGAUCUUGAAUUUCUUUUAUGAAAAGAUAUCUGCCUGGAUCACAAAAAUGGAAAUUCCUCGAACAUACCAGGAGUAUGAGAGCAGUCUUACCUUGAAAAUGUUCCUGUUUCAGUUUGUAAAUUUUUACUCAUCCUGCUUCUACGUAGCUUUCUUUAAAGGGAAGUUCGUAGGCUAUCCCGGAAAAUACACGUAUUUAUUUAAUGAGUGGAGAAGUGAAGAGUGUGAUCCUGGAGGCUGUCUUAUAGAAUUGACAACUCAAUUGACCAUUAUAAUGACCGGGAAACAGAUUUUUGGAAACAUUAAAGAAGCCAUUUAUCCCUUGGCUUUGAAUUGGUGGAGACGCCGAAAAGCUCGGACGAAUUCUGAGAAGCUGUAUAGUCGAUGGGAGCAGGAUCAUGACCUUGAAAGUUUUGGACCCCUUGGGCUUUUCUAUGAGUACUUAGAAACAGUUACUCAAUUUGGAUUUGUUACACUGUUUGUGGCCUCUUUUCCUUUGGCUCCUCUUCUUGCUCUCAUAAAUAAUAUUGUAGAGAUUCGAGUGGAUGCCUGGAAACUUACCACUCAAUACAGGAGAACUGUAGCUUCUAAAGCUCAUAGCAUAGGUGUUUGGCAAGACAUUCUUUAUGGAAUGGCUGUCCUUUCUGUUGCAACUAAUGCCUUUAUUGUUGCAUUUACGUCGGACAUCAUUCCCCGUCUAGUUUACUACUAUGCUUACUCAACAAAUGCCACACAGCCUAUGACAGGAUAUGUGAAUAAUAGCCUGUCAGUAUUCCUGAUAGCUGAUUUUCCAAACCACACUGCACCUUCGGAAAAACGAGACUUCAUCACUUGCAGGUACAGAGAUUACAGAUAUCCUCCUGAUGAUGAGAAUAAAUAUUUUCAUAAUAUGCAAUUCUGGCAUGUCCUUGCUGCCAAGAUGACCUUCAUCAUUGUUAUGGAACAUGUUGUGUUUUUAGUUAAAUUUUUGCUGGCCUGGAUGAUACCUGAUGUUCCAAAAGAUGUUGUGGAGAGAAUCAAGCGAGAAAAGUUAAUGACAAUCAAGAUUCUCCAUGAUUUUGAGCUCAACAAAUUAAAAGAGAACUUGGGAAUUAAUUCUAAUGAAUUUGCCAAGCAUGUCAUGAUUGAGGAAAACAAAGCACAGCUGGCUAAAUCAACAAUCUAAUCAGCAUAAUGAGGAAGCAGCAGGUGGCCUGCCUUACUUCACCUUAUCUUCUGGGUUUAGGGCCAGAUGCCAGAAACCAUGUGUCAAUUUUACCCUUUCUUUUUUUUUUUUCCUUUUUUUUUUAACUCAAAGUUUUUAUACACUUUUAUAGAGGCCAACUUUGUGAUGUUGGAAAUGUACGACUUCUCUGCUUCAUUGACUGGGCCCUCUCUAGAUGUUGUUUUCUGAGGUGCUGUAAAUGACUGUUGAAAGUGCAGGUAAAAUCAGAAUACUGGGAAAUUAUGGAGUCUUGCAGUUUAGUAAGAAACACUGGCCUUGGGCUGUCCCAUCACUUUCCAGUGCAUCUAUUUAUUUUUAUGGUCUUCUCUUGGGUUAUUUGAUACCUCCUUCCCCAUUAAGAAAAAUGUUGGGGCAAAAAGAAAGGAAUCAGAGAGACUGACUGAGCUCUAUAUAUCCUAUCAUUUUAAAAUAUGCAAAUACAUUGCCAAGAUCAGAUGACAUAAGAAAACUCACACAUUAAGGUGUUAAUGUAUCAUAGCAGAGGUUUAUUCCUGACACAUUCAACUACCAUCAGAAUCCCAGAUAGUUCUUCCUGGUAAAUGCAGAAUUCCUUUUCUGGAGACUGAAAUUUUGGGUUUCAACAUAAAACAACUUGGUUCUUAGAGAUAAUAAUUUGGUUAUAAUAGUUUCAAGACUGAUCUUAUCUGGAAAACAACAUUAUGAAGCUGUUAGAUUGCUUCAGGUUCUCAAGCAAAGAUACAAUAGAGAAGUAAAUGUGUUUUCUUAGUAUUUAAUGGAUGCAAGACAAUGUAUAUUGAUUAAUUUGUUGAUUUUAAUUUAGAAAAUUGUUAAAUUAUUUCUUAAAAAUCACUUUUCUUCUGGAAUGCCAAUUUCGCAUCAUGAAGCCUUUUUGUAUAAGUUAGGUACAAGUUGUUUAUGAUAAACAUUUCUUUGCUUUAAAAUAAUUGCAAAUCUUUUAAUACGUUUACAAUCUUUUCUAUUGAUGUCAUCUUACACAAUGCUCAGUGCCUUGUUCCAAUACCUCUGACACACAAGAAGUCAUGUUGUUAGCUAGUGAUUUGAUGUGAUGUAACAUCUUAAAUGUAAGCUUGUCUUAAAGAAAUUGUCAGUGUAAUAACCACAGUCUUGAACACCAAAAGUGAAUCAACCAACUAAGAAUGAGUUCAUGGACUUAAUAAUCUAAAGGGGAAAAAAAUGUUUGUUGAAUUAUUCCUCUCAAACUUAGGCUUGUGUUACAUGCACAAAAAUCCUUGUUCUUUUUUCACUUAAAAAAAAAACUAAAUAUGUAUAAAUUUGUGUAUCUAUAUACACACACAUAUCUAUAUAAUUAUUAGCACUAGAGUGAUAUAGUCCAGUUAUGUAGUAUUUGAAUCUCUAGUUUCAAAUUAUAAUUCACCUCCAAAAGAACAUUGUUUUUUAAUCACACAUGUAAGAAAUUUUAUCACAAUAUUUAAAACUAAUAUUUCAUUAUCUAAUGCUAAUAAAGUAUUGUGGUACUGCCAGUAUUAAAUAUAUGGCAGAAGGUAUUAACUACUGAUCAAUAGUAAGCAUAUAGAACUGGGGAUUAUGGAUUUUAUAAACUAUGUGACAGUCACCCCAGUUUGGACUGGGACUAAUCCCCAGUACUGAUUUGUCAUCCACUGAGUAGACCUUAUGAAUACUUUUGGGUAAUUUGAAAUGAUCUCAUUAUUGAAAGAUGAGUUCAUAUGUAGAGGAGAUAAUAUUUCUUUCUUGAAAAAACAAGUCAGGGUUACCAUGAUGUGUGCCACCAGUGCAGGAUCUUUGGCUUGUCAAAUCAGAUUCUCCAUUGCUGCAGGGUACAGUGCACACCGCUCAUAUUGCUUCCUUCCUGGGUGCUGAUAAAAAUAAGAAAGAGCAUGGAAAUUGGUUUCUUGAAUAUAAGCUUUAAUUUUUAAGGCUUAAAAGUAUUCAUAGAGGUAGACUGUAUGGUAAAUAAAGACAAAUUUAAUUCACAAAGUUAUCUGUACACUGCAAUUUUAAAAUAUACCAACUAAAUUAUUGGGUUUCUGGAAGUGAAUGGAGAAAACAGCAAGGGAAUAAAUCGUUUUUAAGAUAAGUAAAUAAUUCCCAUGAUUGAUAGAUAUUUUCCUUUUAAAAUGUUAUGGACUGAUAUUUUUUAUUCACCUUUAAAUUUCUUACCAAGAAGUUUAUCUUUGUUUUUCAGAUUUAAAAAUGAAAUACAGGUAUUCCUCACUUUCCUGAAAACAUGCUAACCAAAAUCAGGAGCCAAACCAAUUUAGAUAGAUGUGUCUCAUCUAAUUAAACCCAUUGGUUUUUAUGGGAGGGCUGCAUUAAGAGUGCCCAACCACCACAUAUAAGUUGAUAAUUACCAGCAUGGCAGGUGAUUUUAUCCACUGACCAAGCACAUAGUUUUAUUUUCAGAAUGAUCUAGGGAACAUUUGAGAUUUUAUGUGAAAUAAAAUUUUAAGUGCCAAAGCCAAAAAAAUACUUAACUCUUUUCAAAUGCCCUCUUUCAUCCUUGCCUUCAUCAACUUUCCUUUGCACACAGGAAGCAAAAUCUACUUCAAAACAUUUAUUUUAGAGGAAUCCAUUAAGAAGGGAUUGUUUUACUUAAAUGAAAUGCUGUCUUAUUUUUGCUGUGUCUUUUGACACCUCUUAGCUUUGACAUUCUUCUUUUAACCAAGCCAUUAUGCAAGUUAUCCAAGAAGAGGAAAAGGAAAGAAGGACAGAUGAAAGUGAUGGGAGAUGAGAAAGAGGAGGAGUGAGGAAAGAGUCAUUUCCUUAUGAAUCCUGUGUGUGUGUCUUUGGAAGAAAGAGCUGUUCCGAGGAAGCUUGGUCCAGCUGUGGUUAAGAGGUAUAUCUCUUUAAAAAGACACCUAAUGAAAGUGAGAGAAAAGCUAAAGAAAAUUUCAAUGUGACAACUAUUAUGUGUCAAAAUAAAACAGAUUCCAAAGUGAUUUUGUAGUGUUGGGCGCUAUGAGUAGGUAUGGAUCUCUGUUGAUUGACUCCAGUUGAAGGUGAGAAAUCUGUACCAAUCAUUCAAAAAGGGAAUCUACUGUUUUGAAAGAAACUCUCUCAUAUUUCCUUUAAAUUGUUAAUAGUUGUUAUGUAACUAAAGAAUGUUAUGAAGAAAAAUAGCAUUGCAAAAAGUACCAUUGGCCAGGCUUACAAGUCAGCCACAAUGAAUCGGUAUAACUACUGUGUUAUUCUUUUUCUAGACAAAUUUUGACUCUUCUACUUUUAUGUGUAAUAAUUCCAGUAUUCUAUUUAUUUCAGCAUUAUGUGAAAAAUGAUGAGAAUGUUAAAAAGAAAAUAAUAGUGUGGUUUAAUUGGUGUGAGAUACCUGCUUCCAUCCUCCUCAAAGGUUUGACUGGGUUUAUCUCUCCUAUGUGUGAGAUUAUGUACCCUGGUGUUAACACAGGAAGUGAGUGCUCCUUUUUAAAAUUUCUUUCUUCCAAGUUUUUUUUCCAGGAAGACUAAUAUGCAGUUAUGCAGGAAAAGCUGUCUUAAAUAAUGUGUACAUAAAUCUCAAGAGAAUCAAAUUCACACAGUGAAUAAAGUAAUACUUAAUAUUAAACUACA